GUGGUUGCCCAAGGUGUCCUUGGCCCCCGCGGUGUCCCCAGGACCCCCGGGGAGGCUGCAAGAGCCAGCCCGCGCGGCGCCCGCGGGCUGCGCACCGCCUCCCCCCCCCGGGGCGGUGACCGCCCCCGCGGCGGGCCGCCGCGCGGCCACCAUGCCGCUCCUGGGCGGCUCGCCCGCCAGCGAGGCCCCGGCGUGAGAGGAGCACCCCGACGUGCAUGGCCGAGCGCUACCGCAUCGACCAGCGCGCUGCGCUUUUCGGCAGCCGCCAUGGCGCCAAGAAGGCCCCCGUGGCGGCGACGCAGAUCGGCGCUGGGCAGUCGCAGGACGCGGAGGCCCUCGAGCGACAGAACGAGGGCCACAUCUCCGAGCUGGAGGCCCGCGUCUCCGCGCUCAAGGAGAUCACGCAGAGCGUCGGCAGGGAGGUUCGAGAGUCUGGGAGCUUGAUCGACAGCAUGAACGCGGGCGUUGCCCAGGCAGCCACGACGCUGCGCGGCACCGUGUCGCAGCUCACCCAGGACGCCGAGCCAUGAAUACCCAGCCUUGUUUCUCCGCCCGCUUAAAUGUUUUCUUCGCGCCUCGGCCAGGUGCUCCACCGGCUAACUCCGCGAGUUGGUGGACCGUGCGGUUCACCAGUUUCGUGAAAGGCCUACGCUUCGCGUCGUCUUGAGCUGUGAUGCCUCCAGAGGCUACUCAAAAUUUCGCUGCAGAUGAUAUCGUACAAGGGAUUGGUUUGGCAGACCAGCGGUUGACCAUGGCCAUCGGACAUCGAACGGUGACCACACUGACCUUUCGUCUUCAAGUCGUUACCGAAGCACACCAAGCUACGGCAGGUGCACCGCUGAGGUCGUGUCGGAGGUGAAGCUGACGAUGCGGACGAUGAUAUUGAUCAUCAGGGCCACGAGCAGCGUGGACAUGCCAGCAAACGUAUUAUAAAUACAUGUCAUAAUUCCGCUGGCCAGCUCAGAGGUCGCCGUCAAGUGCGUUGCGCCCGAUAGCGCCGCCGAGAAAGCCGCUCGCGGCCAGCGACCAGCAGAGCGUUUCUUUCUUGCGCGGUGCUAUCGCUGCCCAAAAAUGGGGAGCCAUAUCCAACCUUCAUCGAACCUCUUGGGCAGUCCACAUUUCUGCUCCAUUGUCUCAGUUUGGACGCUAGCCGCAAUACCACUGCUUCGGAGUCUCUCCCUGCUUAUCAGACAUGCGUGCGUAGUACUGAGCGCAGUGCAGAUGCAGUUGCGCACAAUCGACACGCGAAGACUUGUUAAAGAUAUUAACUGCCCUGCGGGAACGAAAUUCCGAGACUCGCCUGGGUGCUCGGAUUGCCUGUCGGUUCUGCGCAUGCUUGGGAUGGUCCGCGAAAGCUUUGUUGGACCCACCCCAGACGGCGCAGAAAUUGUGGAUUCGGGCCAGGUAGUCCCAACAUGGUGCCGUCCCCCCAUGGCCAGCGAGCUCAUUCUCAGAAUACGAAGAGGAACGAGGACAAUCAUGAGGAAAG